CCAACCCGACCCGCUCCAACCUACGGGUAUACUUAUGUCAUGUACAUUAUAGAUCCUCUGAACUGAACCAACAAGGAGAAACAAACAUCUCGCCCCUCGUCAAUAAUCAUAGGAAGUCGUCUGGAGCAUACAGAGGAUAUUUCUUUCUAUCAUAAAGAUUCUGGCCUUUAAUUUUGAGGACAAUGUCUGUAACAGCGGGCGUUAGUGAUACUGUGAUUGCUAUUAGGGAUAAGCUUAGAGGGAGAAUUGGCCAGACAAAAGUCAAAAGAUACUGGCCUGGUAAAGCUCCUGAAUGGGCUGAUGAUCCUGAUGAAGAUGAGGAUAUGCGGAUGACUAGGGCAGUUGCCUUGGAGAAGGCUUUUCCCAGUCACGAAGAUGCUGAUAUUGCAAAAAGAGAUGACCCCAGGCUUCGCCGUUUGGCAGAGAGCAAGGUAGAUAAUCGUGAAGAAGUAAGAGCUGAUCACAGGCGUAUCAGACAAGCUGAAAUAAUUUCGACCAUUGAAGAGGAGAAUAGAAGGCAAGAAGGGCUGGAUUUAGAGGAAGAGGAUGAGGAUGCCUUAGAUGAAAGGAGGAGAAGAAUUAGGGAGAAGUUGCUUCAGAGGCAGCAAGAAGAAGCAGCACUGCUUCCAGAAGAAGAGGAGGAUGAAGCAGAGGAAGAGGAGGAAGAAGAAUCUGAAUAUGAGACGGAUUCAGAUGAAGAACAACCAGGCAUUGCAAUGGUUAAACCUGUCUUUGUUCCAAAGUCGGAGAGGGAUACCAUAGCUGAGCGUGAGAGGCUUGAGGCAGAAGACCGUGCACUUGAGGAUCUAAUGAAAAAGAGAUUGGAAGAGAGAAAGAUCGAGACCAAGCAAUUAGUGGUUGAGGAGAUACGGAAGGAUGAACAAAUUCAGAAGAAUAUGGAACUAGAUGCUGAUAUUGCAGAUGUUGACACUGAUGAUGACCUGAAUGAGGCAGAGGAAUAUGAAGCAUGGAAGGUGCGUGAGAUUGCAAGGAUCAAGAGGGAUAGAGAUGACAGAGAAGCAAUGUUGAAGGAGAAGGAAGAGAUUGAGAGGGUAAGAAAUAUGACAGAGGAAGAAAGAAGAGAGUGGGAGAGGAGAAAUCCAAAGCCUGCUGCUCCAUCCAAGCAGAAAUGGAGGUUUAUGCAGAAAUACUACCAUAAGGGCGCCUUUUACCAAACAGAUUCUGAUGAUCGCUCGUCAACUGCCGGUUCAGAUAAUUUAUUUUAUCGUGAUUUCUCUGCUCCAACUGGUGAGGAUAAGAUGGACAAGACGAUAUUACCUAAAGUCAUGCAGGUUAAGCAUUUUGGCCGCAGUGGAAGAACAAAAUGGACUCAUCUCGUCAACGAGGAUACCACUGAUUGGAAUAAUCCGUGGACUUACAAUGAUCCUCUUAGAGCCAAAUAUAAUGCAAAAAUGGCUGGAAUGGAUGCUCCAAUUGCUAAACCAAAAGGAAGCAAGAAAAUAAAGGACUGGGAGUCUCGAUAACUUUCUUUUCCUCAUCAUACAAGGAUGCAGAUCAAUGCAUAAAGAAUGCUCUAAUUUUGCAAUAGGUGCCGGACUAGCGCUUUAGUUGUAUUGUAUACUAUAACUUUUGUGUUUGUAUUUGGCAUAAUUUACUUUCAUGGUCCUGAACUUCUGGGACGGGGAAUAUGACAUUUAGCAUUGCUAAUAUGUUCUCUGUUAGCGUCUGGGGCCUGAUUAGUCUAUGAACUGGUUAUCUGGUUAGUGUUAUAAAACUGGAAUCCAGUGGUCUUUGCUGGCAUAUGACUCUGUAAGAUUGUUAAAUUGGAUCAAGGUUAUUCAUCAUAGACUUAAAA